CUCGCUCAGGUCACGCAUUUACACAGCCGCGGUUGGAAGCCCAGAGGUAGUUGCCUGAUAGGGUGGCCGAAACAGGGAGAGAAAAUCUCUGUGUUCUGCUCAAGGGCCUCCUCUGCUACGUGGGAACAGCAGGUGCUAUUGCGAGGUAUGUCCCCCACUACCAGCAGCAGCAGCAGCGGCGGCAGUUCACCGGAGGGGGGGGAGGGGCUGCUAGAGGGAAGCAGUGGGAAGAACGAGGCGGAGCAGAAGAGUUUCAUGCAACAGCAAAGGCAGGCGGAGGUGUUAAGCCUCCGGGAGCGGGGUGCCGAGCUGGAAGAACGCCUUCAAGCAGCUCGCAUCGCCCUCACCUCGGCCCGAGAACGGCGGGAGUUCAUGGAGGAAGAGGCGGAACAGGCGAGAGACUACGGCGACAAGCUGGCCCAAGAGAUGGCCCGGCUGGGGCGGAUCACCCGGACGCUUCCCCCGGACGAGAGCGCCUCCCUCGAGAAGCUCCGCCGCCUCGUGGCCACUCUGACGGAGAUCGAGCGGCAGGAACAGGCAGCCCUGGAGCAAGGCAAGGCCCGUGAGGCGGCCCUCCGUACGGAGAUCGCCGAGUUUACUGGCGAGACUACUGGGGACGGCGGCGGCGGUGGUGGCGGACCCGGAGAAGAGGCUGUGGCUGUUGUCUCACCGCCGCCAGAUGCGGCACCGGCAACGGCGGGGGCCCCGGCGGGCGAAGGAGGGGGAAGGGCAGGAAAAGGGCGAGAGGGGGGAGGGUUCGUGCUCGAGAAGGCGGUGGACGACCCGCUGGCUGCCAUGGCGGAGCCACAGGAGCAUCAAGAGGAGGACAAGAGCGGGGCGGGAAAUAUCGUGGGAGCAGUACCAGCCGCUGGGGUGGGUACUGUCUCUGUCCUGCGAACGGCGGUGGUGCUGGGAGGUGGAGAGAACGGCGGCGGCGGCGGCGGCGGCCCGGCGGAGAGGGCGAAUCACAGGAAGAAGCCUGCGCUGGAGGGAAAGGCGCUGUUCGCGGAGGGAUUGCACCGGAUCGAGGCCGCCUACGAAGUGGCGGUCGCAGAGCGAGAGGAGUCGGCCGCGCGACUGUCGCGGUUGAGGCUGGCCGUGGCACGGCGUCAGAGGGAGGAGGAUGCCGCCCUGGGCCACGCCGAGCUGCUGCAGUACCUGCUGAGGUUCGAGGAGCUCGGACAGCACUCUCUGGAGAGACAGGAGCAGCUGAGGAGGUGCCGGGCGGAGCGGUUGAUGCUGUCGCUGACGCGGGAGCUGCUGGCGAAACAGGCGAGGCUGCUCGAGACGAUCGCAGGCGGUGUGGAGGAGGCCUCCACGGGCGGGAAGGGGGUCAGGGAAGCCUACCUGCGGCAGAUCAAGGGAAUCGUUGAGGUAAGCGGUGACGUCGGUUGGUGA